CCGUAUAUAAAGUAAAUAUCCAAUUGCAUUGGCAACUGCAAUCUAAUCUCACCUCAAUUCAAUCCAAUCCAAUUCAACCACCGUUUCAAUCAAAAUGCUCAACCUCACCCUCCCCACCGCCCUCGUCCUAAUCGACAACCAAGCAGCCUUCACCCACCCAACCUACUGGGGCACCUCGCGCUCCAACCCCCUCUACGAAACCAACCUGUCCUCUCUUCUCCAGGCCUUCCGCACUGCCCGAAAGAUCAACCCCUCCCUCCCCCUCGAAAUAAUCCACGUCUUCCACUCCUCCGCCUCACCCACCAGCCCGCUCCACCCCGCCGACCCAAGCAAAGGCGCUCACCCGCUCGACUUCGCGCAGCCCGCAACAGACAACUCCGAGCCUGUCUUCUGGAAGAACGUGAACUCGUGUUUUAUCGGGACGGGGCUGGAGGGGUAUCUCCGGGAGAAAAACAUCAGGCAGGUGGUGUUUGCGGGGUUGACGACGGAUCAUUGUGUUUCGACGACGGUGCGGAUGGCGGCGAAUUUGGGGGUUGGGGAUGUUUACCCUGACGGAAAGCCGGCGGUGGGUGUUGAUGGGCAGCAGAGUGUGAAGGCUGUUGAGAAAGGGGUUGUGGUGCUUGUUAGUGAUGCGACGGCGACGUGGGCUAAGGGCGGGUUUGAUGCGGAGACGGUGCAUAAGGUUUCGUUUGCGGUGGUGAUGAGUACGGAGGAGGUGACCAGUUGUCUAGAAGCUGCUUCAUAGGUGGUUAGGGAGUAUUCGCCACUGCUGGUGGGAUGACAGCGGAGAUCCUUCAUUAUACUUCCAGUAUAAACAUGGAUUACCCCGAGGUUACCGUUUGGGAACCAAUGAUGAAUUCGGAAUACCAGAGUCCUGACAUCAUCAUGAGUGAUCGAUAUAUAUAUGUAUAUAUAAGAAAUGCUGACCUCAACUCUUCCUCA